AUGCCUCUCGACACAUCAACGUAUUCCAUGGCGCUGCUGCGCGUGGACGGCCGCCGCUGGAACGAACUCCGACGCCUGCACGCCCAGAUCCGCACCCAAGAGGCCGCAGAUGGCUCCAGCUACCUCGAGAUGGGACACACCAAGGUCAUGUGCGUCGUGACGGGACCGAGCGAACCUCAGCGACGCGGAGGCGCGGGUGGUCAGACAAAGGACGCUGCCGUCAACGUUAACAUUGUAGUUGCCGGCUUCAGCUCAGUCGACCGCAGGAAGCGCGGUCGCAAUGACAAGCGCAACCAAGAACUCGAGGCUGCCAUCGCCAAGGCUGUCGCCGCGAACCUCCACACCCAUCUCUUCCCCCACAGCAGCAUCUCCAUCUCGCUGCACGUCCUGUCGCAGGACGGCUCUCUGCUGGCUGCGUUGCUGAACGCCUCGACUCUCGCCCUGAUUGACGCGGGUAUUCCCAUGACCGACUACAUUGCCGCAUGCACUGCGGGCUCGACAUCAACAUAUGCCGCUGCCGACGAUGGCGCCGACCCUCUGCUGGAUUUGAACACGCAGGAGGAGCAGGAGUUGCCGUACCUGACGGUAGGGACACUUGGUCUGACGGACCGCGUUGCCGUCCUGGUCUGCGAGAGUCGCGUGCAGGUCAGCCGCCUAGAGGGCAUGCUGGCAGUUGGCGUAGACGGCUGCAAGCAGGUGCGGCAGUUCAUGGAUAGGGUAGUGAAAGAGAAGGGCAGGCAGAUGGUGCAGGAGGGUGCGGCGGAGAAGGGAACUGGUCUGGAUCUGGAGAUGGAAUCAUAG